GGUUGAAAGCAGCGGCCACUGCAGGAUCAGUCCAAGUGAGACGGUCGCAGUCAGAGUUGGGCGGCAGGGAGGGGUUAACGAAGUUGCGUGUCAUCUUCGGCAACGACAUGGGGAGCCAAAGCCAACUCGGGGAACAGGUGGGGAGUGCGUGGGAUCCUCUAGCGAACCUACAAGAAAUAUGGAGAAAGGAGAAGUGGUAGAAUUCACUCUGCCUUUCCAUUCCCCCAUCCGCCAUGGCGGCGCCGCCGGAGCUCGUUGACGACACGAUCGCCGAGAUCUGCCUCCGCCUUCCCCCGGACGAGCCCGCGCACCUCGUCCGUGCCGCCCUGGUCUCCAGGCGCUGGCGCCGCAUCCUCUCCGGCGGGGCCUUCCUCCGCCGGUACCGCGCGUUCCACGGGGCACCCCCUCUGCUCGGCUUCGUCGACAACACCAUCGGGCUCCACGGCGCCACGGCCCCUCGCUUCUCCCCCACCACCUCAUCCGGCUCCCCUUUCCCCAGGCGGACGUUCGACUGCAUCUGCUGGGAGGCCCUCGACUGCCGCCACGGCCGCGUCCUCCUCGGCCUCUUCGCCGAGAGGGUCAACCUCGUCGUGUGGGACCCCGUCACCGGCGACCACUGUGGGCUGCCUGACCCCGGGGUGCUCCCCGGUUACUACAGCGCGGCGGUGCUCUGCGCCGCGCGCGGCUGCGACCACCUCCACUGCCGCGGCGGCGGCCCGUUCCGCGUCGUCCUGGCGGGCAUGGACUACUUCUCAAGGGACGCCGGCGUGCGGGCGCGCCUCUACUGCUCGGAGGCCGCUGCCUGGGUCGCCUCUGCUCAGCUGGCCUCCGAUUCCCAUGUCAUGCGGAAGCCCAGCGCGCUCGUCGGAGACAACGUCUACUUCCAGCUCAUGGAGGGUGACGUGUUUCUGAGGUACGACAUGGGCAGGAACCGUCUGUCCACCUUCGACCCUCCGGCGGCGCACGUCGACGAAGGGGGCGUCGUGCUCAUGCCCAUGGGCGGUGACGGCUCGCUGGGGCUUGCCGGCGUCAGGGGAUCAAGGCUUUGCCUGUGGUCGACGAGUGUCGGCGCAGAGGGGAUUGGAGGAUGGGUUCGACGCGGGGACAUUGAGCUUAUGACACGGAUCCCCUUUAUGCCCUAUAGCGAAGCACAUGUGAUUGCUUCUGCGGAGGGCUUGGGUUUCGGUACAAUCUUCUUGGUCUCAACUGAGGUUGGCCUCUUCGCGGUCGACCUCAAAUCAGGGCAGGAGCGCAAACUAAGCGAGCCUGGGAACUACAACGACUUCGCUGUCUUCCCCUUCAUGAGCUUCUAUACUCCAGACUGUACAAGCGGCAAGGUACCGUCACCCAGGAGGACACACUAAUCACUGUAAUACUGAGGCGAAGAAUGGUAUUGCCUGGCUCAUCUACAGAUCCAUCAAGUUGAGUUUGCAGGUGCUGUCAUCUUUCUGUUGCAGGAAUGACGUCUCGCAAGAAACACAAGCCAUGAAGCCAACAUAUUGGUCGCUUAUGCUCCUAUGCUCUCUAGCUGAUUCUUAGAUGCAUAAUGUAUACGCAGCCUUUUUUUUGUUCUCGUAAUAUGUGUGUUGUUUGGUUCACAUAUUUGUAAUAUAAUAGGUAACAGAUAACGUUAAAUUAUGUUUGUUUAAAUCCAACCGUAAUCAGAUAAUAUACUAGGAAUUGAUACCGGCCUA